UCACCAAGAAAGGGAACGAUUGGGCGGUUAAACUUCCAUGAGUAACUCUAUAAACUACGAAAAUUGUAAGAGUUUUAAUUAUUUUUCUUUCCCCUUCGGAUUUCUUCCACUUUAAAGACUCUUUUUGAUGAUCUCCGACUUCGUCACAUUGAUACUAUGUUGCUCUAAAUGGGCCAUAGAUAAUUCGUUUUUCUUCGUUUCUCCGAUCGAAUUCCACUUCCCAAAAGCAGCUUUUUGAUGGGUUCUAUGCUCGGUGAUUGGCCUUCAUUUGAUCCUCACAAUUUCAGCCAAAUUCGACCUUCUGAUCCCUCCAAUCCUUCUAAGCUAAUGCCUGCUACCUAUCAUCCAACUCAUAAUCGGACAGUUCCACCCCCUAAUCAAGUUAUAUCAACUGAAGCCACAAAUAUUCUUUUGAGACAGUUCUAUCAACAAGCUGAAGAAAAGUUGAGGCCCAAGAGAGCUGCUUCUGAAAAUCUGACUCCGGAGCAUCGGUUCAAGCAGCCUAGGGGUUCUUUCCCAGAUGAAACUUCCAAUUGAGCUUUUCAGCCAAGUAGUAACCUACAAGUUUUCUGCAUGUUUGGUUCGUUGGGAGCAGGGUUUCAAGAAUCAGGAUCGGCUGAUCCGGCUCUUCCAACAACAACAACAACAACAAACUUGGCCUCAUCUGAGAUGGGAGAAACAUGGUUCCCCACAAACAUUGAACUUUGACAUUCAGACAAGUUGCCCAGGAAUGAAAUAUGACAAUCUUGUGGACAAUAGUUUUUUUUUUGGAGGAGUGGGGAGGGGGAGACCUAGUUUCGCUGGGUUAAGAGAAAAUCUUUUCAACCAUGGGAUCUAAUCAUUUAUUGGGGUGGCUAAGGUGUUUUUCAACCUCAAUAGGUGGUGGGAGUAUUUUUUUAGGUACCAAUUAUCAUCCAGAGCCUAGAGAUCGAGGAUCCAUAGGUUGGUGGUGGGAGUUAAUGAUCAAGCCGGAGUCCAAUCAUAGUACCACUUCACCAAUGAUCACUAUCGGUGAAGGAAAACUUCCCCCAUUUUGUAAUUGGUAACUUUACAGUUUUUACAAAAGUUUAUUUGAAUCAUGCAAAUUUAGAAAAUAUUACUCUUCUAGA